AUGGGUUUUUGUUUAUCUUCAAGACCCUUGUUCCUUUUCAUUUCAUUCCUUGUUUUGUUUCCAGAUCCUAAGCUUUAUCCGAUGGUGGAAUCCGGUUCAGACAUCACAGCUCUGGUCUACAAAGGAUGUGCAAAGCAGGCGUUCACAGAUCCAGCAGGGUUAUUCUCCCAGGCUCUUUUGGCUUUGUUCCAAACAUUGGUUUCACAAUCCAUGAAACUAAGGUUUUACAAGACAACGACAGGGACAGCUCAAACCACCAUUAACGGUCUUUUCCAAUGUAGGGGGGACCUAACGAACAACGACUGCUACAACUGCGUGAGUCAGCUCCCAACUUUAUCCGACAAACUCUGUGGCAAAUCCAUUGCUUCAAGGAUCCAACUUCACGGCUGCUACAUCUUGUACGAGGUUGCCGGAUUCCCCCAAAUAUCUGGCAUGCAAAUGCUGUUCAAAGCUUGUGGCGGCGGCGGCGGCGGAAUUGGAUUUCAAGAGAAAAGGGACACUGCCUUUUCGUUUCUGGAGAAUGGUGUUAUCAGCAACCAUGGAUUCUUUACCACGAAUUACCAAUCUGUUUACGCUUUGGGAGAGUGUGAAAGUGACGUGGGGGAUUCGGAUUGCGGUGAUUGCGUUCGAAUUGCAGCUCAAAGAGCUCAAGUCGAAUGCGGAGAAUCGAGUUCGGGUCAAAUUUAUCUGCACAAAUGUUUCAUUAUGUACGCAUACUACGCCAAUGGUGCCCCUAAACAACCGUCGUCUUCGCAUCUUUCGUCUUCUUCGUCAGGCCAAGAUACAGGGGAAACAGUGGCGAUAAUACUGGGAGGGGCAGCUGGAGUUGGAUUUGUUGUUAUUUUGUUGAUGUUUGUCAGAAAUGCGAUGAAACAACACGAUGGUAUGCCAUUUCUUUUUAGUGAUCUGCAAGAUUUCUCCAUUAAUGUUUUUGAAUUUUCUUUUUUUUGGUUGCAGAUUCUUGAAGGGUUUUCAGAGCCCAUUCCUUGGUGUAGAGUGUAGAGACUUUUCUUCUCUUUGUUGAUUUGAUAUGACUUCCCUUUUGUGUUGAAUUUUUUAACAAAGACUUAGGCAUUAGGGGGAAGCAAUGAAAUCGUAACACAAUGCCAAAAAAAGUUUCUUUCAUUUAGGUGUUUUUAUUCCAAGACUUCACCUUUGAUAAUUGGUGAGUCU